AUGGGUCGGGAGCACAUGUUGCCAGCACGCCUCGGCCCUCGUAACCUACAUCUGUCUCCUGUUUGGACACAUGUCAGCUCUCUGUCCGCACAUCCGCCCAACAUGCGGCGUGUUUUGUGCCUUGAGAAAGCUCUGUUACCGCUGCUUUGCGCUCUUAUCGAUGUAGAGGUGGCCCGUGACAUUGCCUUUGGCCUCUCUCAUUCUCUCUCUCUCGCCUGCCGUUGUUAUGUGGAAGACAGCUCUGGCGGCCCGCGGUGCUCGGAAGCCCUCUUUCCUGCCUGCGUGCUUCCGCUUUCGGUGACCGGGUACCCGAGGGAGCGUGGCAUGCUGGUGGCUCUGUACUUGGGGGGUUGCUCCAGUGGUUGUCUCAUCUGGAGCUCUUUGAUGGGGCUCAGUGACAGCGAAAAGGAGGGACCUAUAACGAAAUAA